UCACCCCAAUCUCUUUCCUCUUUCCCUAUUGUCUCUAGCUAGUCUCUACGCUCAAACUUCCCCUCUCUCCCUCUGGUCUUCUUCCUCCCAGGCUCUUACCUCUUGGCUUUCUUUUCUUCUUCGUGUUUUAAUUAAUUCAUUAAAUGGAAUGGAAUUGAAGGGUAUAUACCCAUAGGAAGCAAACAUUUCAAUAGUGGGCCAUGCAUCUCCAUCGUCAAUUUCAAAGAUGGAAGGUGGUAUAUAUUCGGUUGAUUUGGGUAACCUCCAACGCAAUCGAAGGAACGAGAUUGGGAGGAAGAAAUCCCGCAAAGGUAAAGAACUUGCCGGUUCUUCAUCUCAAAGCCGAGAUGAUUUUGAAACGGGUUACCAAAGGCGAGAUGGAGAUGCGAUGUCCGAAAAACAAAUCCAACAAGAAUUGGCCCGACAUAAUAACCGCUUUCUACAACAACAACAAAUGCCGACGACCAUUGACGAAGAGGAGCUUGAGGAUGAAGAUGCGGAGGAAUUGGAACCGGAGACGGCCGAGGAGGAGGGUGCCGGCAGCCACGACGCCGACGAGCCUGCCUCAUCCCAAACCGUCACCGGUAAUAAAAAAAAGUAAGUCUGAACUAAUGAAAAAUAAUUUUGAUAAAUGGAAGGACCCAUAAACCGGCUAUUGGCACGCAACUUGCAAGUGGUGCAACAACAAUUAUAGUUUGGGAACCUCCGGCGGAUACGGAUCCGCCGCAAGGCAUCUUAAGGCAAAGCACCCCGUGGAGUAUGCAAAAUUAGGCGGCGGAACGGGGAAGCAAACUCAAAUAUCGAGGUUUGCGAAUUCUCAACCUUUUGGUAAUUUCUCCUACAAUGAUGCACAAAAUUUGACUGGUAUAGCUAACUUAAUUUGUGAAGAAAAUUUGCCUUAUUUGUUUUCUGAAAGUCUUGCUUUAAGAGAUUAUGCACAAGGUAGUUUAAAUCCUCAAUUUAGAAAUUAUAGUCGCAAAACUGUUAAGAAAGAAAUAAUAAGGCUUUAUAAUGCGGAAAAGGCAAGGUUACAAAUUUUUUUUGCAAACUUUGAUGGGCGUGUUACUAUUUGUUCUGACAUAUGGGAGGAUGAUUUUCAUCAUUUAUAUUAUUAGGGUCUGACUGCACAUUAUAUUGAUGAGGAUUGGAAUAUGCAUAAAUGUGUUCUUGCUUUUCAUGAAUUUAAUGAUCGUCACACCGCUGAACAUAUUUAUAUUUUGAUUGAGCGUAUUUUAAUUGAGUAUAAUUUGAUUGAUAAGGUGUUUGCUAUUGGUUUCGAUAUGCUACUAAUAAUAUUGCUGCUAUACCUAGAUUGCGUGAGUUGUGUGGUGCCAAUACUUUGAUGGGUAGAUUUUUUCAUCAACGGUGUGCAUGUCAUGUGAUAAAUUUAUGUGUGCAAGACGGUUUAAAAGCGUUAGGAGAUUCCAUGGAGGUAAUCAAGGGGGGGAUUAGACGUAUUUGGGGUAAUGGUCAACUUACCCAUGAUCGGGUAUGUGACAAAUCUUUAUGAAAAUUUGCUCCCAUGAUCAUUUGUCUUCGGAUUUGAUUUGGACAGUCGAAUCAAGCAAUUACCCGAUCGGGUAUAGGCAAUACCCGACCGGGUACAUGAGUAUUUUUUCCAAAUCGAAAUCUUUCUUGUCUCCUUGCACUUUCCUUGAUUUUUUAAGGUCCAAUCUUGAUCCCUUAGAUGAUCUUUGACCUGUUUAGCUCAGAAAAAUCCUAAUCUAACUAAAUUACAAAUAAAAAUGAAAAUAAAGUAUUACACCAAAAGUGUGUAAUUUUCACAACUAGAACUAAUAAAAACUAGUUAAAAAUACAAACAUACAAUCGGAAAUUACAUGAAUAGCACGAUCCUUUACAAGAGGAAUAAGGGCUGCUCACUACAAGAAAAAUCGUUUAUAGAGGCAACACUUUGAAACAAUUUGCCUCUAAAAGUCCAUUUUAGCGUCAUAUAAAUCUUGUUGCCUCUAAUCUUAUAAGCCGUCAAUACAUUUGAAGCAACCAAAAUUUUCUUGCCUCUAAAAGGUACUAUUUGGAGCAAUCUUUUCAGGGUUGCCUCUAAAAGCUUGUUGCAAAAGCAUAGUCGCCCCUAAAAGUAUUAUUUGGAGCAACCUUGUUAGGGUCGCCACUAAAACAUCUGCUUCAAAACAUAUACCGGGUAUCAUUUACACAGACAAGAGUUUGUAGCAACUAUUUUCUUAGUCUUUUAAUAUAAGAUGCAAUUAAUUAGAUGAAUUUCAUUUUUUUGCUUCUAAAGUAUUCUAAAUUUUAAAAUCUGACUAUAUUGCAAUCUUAUGACCGUUUGGUAACAUUAAAAAAUUAGUUGAAACUGAUAAGUUAUGAAAAAUUAUAUUUCAAAAUUUUUUACUAAAAAAAGGACUCUUUGCAACAAAAUAUUUAUGUACGGCUUCUUUUUCUAGUCACAAAUAUAGUAAAAUUAAAUAUCUUUUGGGACCAUUUUUAUAUGUUUUCAUUAUUGCAUCAACACCCGAUCCCUAAAAUAAAAUCUGCUAGUCCGCUCAUUGGCGGGUGGCGCCAAUUCAAAAAAUUAACCUGGCGCUUUGAUUUUUAAUGUUUUUUUUGUUUUCUUUCAUCAAUAGUUAGAAAGGGGUCCGGGCCUCCAGGGAAUGGAGAACCCGAAAGGCCGAAACCCUCCCUCUUUUCCUUGAAACUAUUAAAACAGGCCUCCGCCUCCGACCGCCCAAACUUCAGCGCUGAAUCACAAUCCUUUGCCCCGUGCGCCGCCGUAGGAGCACUGGUGGUGCGGCUCAGAGGCAAAACCUUCACCAUCACCCUCAAUAUUAACCAGGGUGAAGCCGCUUCUCAACCAGGGAGCAAUUUUCGUGGUCUGUAGAUAUAUCGAAGCACGCCAGAUUAGCUGAAUCGACGCGAUCACGAUCUAACAUGACGGCAGAAAGCCUCAAACCGCUUCCAGAAUCUUCAUCACCGAUUCGCCGGCUACAAUCCCAUAAUUGUUCCAUUGCGCGGGAUGAUAACAAAUCCGACCACGGUGCUGAGGCUCUGUGACCAGAGUCCGCUCGUCCGUCACUGUCGGGCUGACUGCUCCAUCGGUCACUGCCCCAGCUCUUGUAUUCUUAAGGUAACCACAUAACAAGAAGUUUCCCAAUUUUGUUGCCACCUUCGUUUUUUUUAUCUUUGGUUAUACUCGUGUUUUAUUAAUUGUUUAUGAUGUAAUCAUAUUUGAUUAUAUGAGCUUGUGAUUUCUGAUUAUUCGUUUUACUACAUCAAGUAUGAAGAGCAAAACAGAUUUCAGAUUAUCUAAUAAUACUUGAGUUGCAUUCUGGAACUGACAUUCCCCAUUCACUAAUCAGAAUCAAAAUAGAUUUUAGAUUAGCUAUGACUACUCCUACAUUAUCUCCUUGACAUGAAGAAGCAACUGCAGAAUCUGGAUUCGAUCUCAGUCCCAGACUCCCAGUAACCAAAGGUUCUUCUCAAAUGAAUAAGGACUGAAAUCUCAAAUCUUGAUUCGGCCCCAUCUUCACUUUUUCCCUGGCUUAUAUCCUCAACUUAUCAGUAUGUUGAAGAUCAAGGAAUUACAACAACUUUCAUGACUUUUUUUUGGCAUGGAGCUGAGCUGAAGUGAGUUCCUUAUCACUCUUAAAUAUUCAGUUCAAUGAUAUAUUCUGUAGUAUAAAAAAAGAUAUGCAUCCUAUCAGUCUUAAUAUUAUACAACUAUUGAUCUUUUUAUUAGGAUAUAUAUUCACUUAUACUGAAUGAAACAUGAAAUAUUAGUUAUAAUAAAGUGUUUUAAUUCCUGAGCAUAUGUAUACUUAAGCAAUACGUCUUUACUCUUCAGCAAUCAGCAUCAACAUAUUCACUUCCAUCAUUUUUUAGAGUUAUUGCAGGUUCACAUAGUCCGUGCAUAAUAAGGAGCAAUGUUUUAUAUGAUAAUCCAUUUCUUCUUGCACCAUAUGAUUUAUCUCAGGUCACCUGAAUUGCUAAGAACUAUUGUAAUAUAAUAACUUUAAUAUAUAUUUAUCUCCUACAGAGAAGACAAUUCUGACGUGUGUUAAGUAUUCAUUUUAAUAUUAUUGAGUGUAGAUUAAGAUUUACUCAUUUACUAUUUUUUGUUUUUUUUAAUUUAAAUUAUAGUCAUGAACGAGGAGAUACUUCUUUUUCAUCCUUUUAUAGAUGGCUAACGGGUACUUAUAAGUUAUAACUUUAUAAGUACACUAUUUUUAUAUAACUCAAGUAAACCUCUGCUACACUUGCUUGACUUCAUGUACUUAUUAGUAAAACUAUACUAUACUUUUGCAUUUUUACUCAGUAUUACCUAUUUUAUGUUUACUUUUUUUGAAAUUUAUAUUGAACAUUUGGUUUAGAUAAAUAGUAAACUGUCAGAUCCUUUUAUCACCUAGUUUAACAAUUGAUAUAUGGUUAGUUACAUAUUUUGUUGCAGAUUCGGACUAAGAACAAGAAAUAACUCUUACAGCAGAUUAUGACCAAAUCAAACUGUGGAUGAGAGAAAUCGUAGAGCUUCUCUUGUUCCAUGUGUCAAAACAUUGGAAAGCAUACUAGUGUUUGUUAUUUAUUGCUUAUGAUGCUUGGUGUUCUAAGGGCCUGUUUUCUCUCCUUUCUCCUUAGAUUUCUUCUCUUAAUGUCUUACUAUUUUACCUCGCCGUGCUCUCCACUUCUACUGUUUUUGUUUAGUUUGUGUUUAUGGCUAUAUAUUUAGAGCAGUAUGCCUAGCUUUAUAUGUUUAUAUAUAGCAUAUAUGACCAUUUGUGUUUGAAUAUGUUUAUGCCCAGUUUUAUUUCUAUAUGUGAUUGUGUUUUAUUUAUAUAUGUGAUUGUGUCUAUGUAUGUCUUUAUGGUGGAGCCGUAUCUUUUAGGAAUAGCAGUAUUCCUAUAUUAGUCUGGCUAAUAAAUUUCUGUAAUCAUGUUUAAGAAUGAUUUUAACAAUCUGUUCACAACCCUGCUUAAUCAUGGAGGCAUAUCUUUAAGGAAUAGCAGUAGUCCUAUAUUAUUAUUUACAAAAUGUUAAUUUACUAUUUUUAUUAUGUCAGGUGGAGGAAGGUGAUGAAAUGCCUACGGAUGAAGAUCAAUGUCUUAUUUGAAGUGAAUUUUCUUUAGCCUUUAGUUUUAUUUAGGUUAAUUAAUCCAAUAGGUACUAAAUUUGUUCUAGCUCUGUAUUAUUGAACUUUAUUAAUUAGCUGUAAAUUACUUUAAGUUAUUUAUGUAAUCAUUGGAUGAGUAAACCUUGUUAAUUGUUAUGGAUUUAAGUUACAUAAUAAUACCAGCUACGAGUUUAAAUGUAAUGUUUAUGGCUAGAUGUCUACUACAUUUUAAGUAUAUAUUUUAUUUGACAGUAUGAUUUAAAU